AUGGCCGACAAGCUGCGCACCCUUCAAAAUCUCGAAGCGCAACAAGCGCGCUACAUUGGCACUGGACAUGCCGACACAACCAAGCACGAGUUUCUGAACAACAUCGUGCGCGAUAGCUAUGCCAGCUAUAUCGGGCACCCACCGCUGCUAGGGUACAUGGCGCUGGGAAUGGGCGAGAGCCGCGAAAAGGUGCGUGCUAUGAUGGUCGAGAAGAUGGUCAGGGGGGUUGGGGCUCCGCCGGAGAGUAGCGCUCUGCGACGUGAAACGAAGGGUUUUGAUAUCCGGCAGGACACUUUCCCGCCCGAUGAGAAGCGAUAUGGUCGGUUCAAUCAAUGA